GGUCCCUGGGGUGGGCAGGCGGCGGGGCCGACGACCCUUCCUACCUCGGGGCCGGUGGCAGGAGCCUCUCCCCCUUCCCUCGCUCCCUCCCCCGCCUCGGGCAGCACUUUGAACGAAGAUCCUCGGUGGGAGAGGUUCCUCCCGCCGCCUGACGAGGAGCGGUGAGGGCGCCCGGCGCUGGGAUCAGUUUCUUGAUGAGCUGCAGCCAAAAUAUUUAACGCUUCACACUCAUGCCAUUGGAGAUGGAGCCCAAAGCCAAUAACCUCGUUUUUGGGUGUCAGCGAAGCUCAACCUCUGACGAUGACUCUGGAUGUGCCUUGGAGGAAUAUGCCUGGGUUCCCCCAGGCCUCAGACCAGAGCAGGUCCAGCUGUAUUUCGCCUGCUUGCCCGAGGAGAAGGUUCCUUAUGUUAACAGUCCUGGAGAGAAACACCGGAUUAAACAACUUCUCUAUCAGCUGCCACCCCAUGAUAACGAGGUGAGAUACUGCCAGUCUUUAAGUGAAGAAGAAAAGAAGGAACUGCAGAUGUUCAGUUCUCAGCGCAAAAAGGAGGCACUUGGCCGAGGCACUAUUAAACUACUCUCAAGAGCAGUGAUGCAUGCGGUUUGUGAACAGUGUGGUACAAAAGUAAAUGGCGGUGAAGUUGCAGUUUUUGCCUCGAGAGCUGGGCCUGGUGUGUGCUGGCAUCCCUCGUGUUUUGUGUGCUUCACAUGCAACGAGCUGCUUGUUGACCUUAUCUACUUCUACCAAGAUGGAAAAAUUCACUGUGGCAGACACCAUGCUGAACUUCUCAAACCUCGAUGUUCAGCCUGUGAUGAGAUAAUUUUUGCUGAUGAGUGUACGGAAGCUGAAGGUCGCCACUGGCACAUGAAGCAUUUCUGUUGCCUCGAGUGUGAAACAAUCCUGGGUGGACAGAGAUACAUCAUGAAGGAUGGGCGACCAUUCUGCUGUAACUGUUUUGAAUCUCUCUAUGCGGAAUACUGUGAGACCUGUGGGGAACAUAUUGGUGUUGACCAUGCUCAGAUGACCUAUGAUGGGCAGCACUGGCACGCCACAGAAGCUUGCUUUUCUUGUGCUCAGUGCAAGACCUCUUUGCUUGGCUGCCCUUUCCUUCCAAAGCAAGGGCAGAUUUAUUGUUCAAAAACCUGCAGCUUGGGAGAGGAUGUUCACGCCUCCGACUCUUCUGAUUCUGCGUUUCAGUCUGCUCGAUCCAGAGAUUCCAGGAGGAGUGUCCGCAUGGGAAAAAGCAGCCGGUCAGCUGACCAAUGCCGUCAGUCUCUCCUCCUGUCACCAGCCCUCAAUUAUAAAUUUCCUGGCCUUUCAGACAAUGCUGAUGAUACCCUCUCUCGUAAGCUGGAUGAUUUAAGCCUUUCAAGGGAAGAGGCAAGCUUUGUUAAUGAAGAUUUCUGGAAAGGAAGAGUAGAGCAAGAAAUGCCUGAAGACCCUGAAGAAUGGGCUGAACAUGAAGAUUACAUGACUCAACUUCUUCUGAAAUUUGGUGAUAAAAGCCUCUUCCAGCAGCCCACUGAAGUAGACAUUAGAUCAAGUGAACACUGGAUUUCUGAUAGCAUGGUCAAGAGCAAGUUGGACUUGAAAAAAAAUAAUCCAAGCCUAGCAAGUAAGAAGUAUCAAUCAGACAUGUACUGGGCCCAGUCACAAGAUGGUUUGGGAGACUCUGCAUAUGGCAGCCAUCCAGGCCCUGCCAGCAGCAGGAAAAUCCAGGAGCUAGACAUGGAACAUGGGGCAUCAGGAUACAAACACGACCAAACACCGUGGUAUGGAGGUUCACUCGAAUGUUUGUCUGACUUGAAACAGCAAGAACAAAGUGUUCGUGACUCAAUGGAUUCCUUGGCUUUGUCUAACAUAACAGGUGCUUCAAUGGAUGGAGAAGGCAAGCCACGGCCAUCUCUCUACUCUUUGCAAACUUUCCAAGAACUGGAUGUGGAGGACUGUGAGAAGAUGAGCAACAUGGGAACUCUAAAUUCUUCAAUGCUCCACCGGAGCACAGAGUCCUUGAAGAGUCUGAGUUCAGAGCUGUGUCAGGAAAAAGUCUUGCCAGAGGAAAAGCCAGUCCAUAUGCCUGUACUGAGAAGAUCUAAAUCCCAAUCCAGACCACAGCAAGUGAAGUUUUCAGAUGACGUUAUUGAUAAUGGAAGUUAUGAGAAUCUUGAAAUACGUCAGCCUCCAAUGAGUGAGAGGACUCGUAGGCGUGUUUACCAUUUUGAAGAACGUGGAAAUCGGCCUUCUCACCAUCGCAGAAGAAGUAGGAAGUCUCGUUCAGAUAAUGCACUUAACCUGGCCACAGAAAGAAGAAGCUCUCCGAGAGAGAGAUUUCGUUAUUACUCCCCUCAGGAUCAUGAAAAAUUUAUUCAGAAUAGGAGCUCACGUGAGCUUCGGGCAUUUAUUCAAAACGCGGAGCUGUAUGGACAGUAUGCCCAUACGAGGUCUGACUAUGCACUGAGGAAUCAGGUGGUUGAUAAGUUUUUUGGGUUGUAUGGUGAGGAAGAUGACUCCUGGUGUUCAACUUCAUCCUCAUCAUCUGAUUCUGAAGAGGAAGGAUAUUUUCUAGGACAGCCAAUUCCACAACCACGGUCACUGAGAUAUCCGUACUAUACAGAUGAUCUUUCUGGUCCAACUACUGCGUUAUCUACUUCUCAGUUUGGACAAAGGACAACCAAAUCAAAGAAGAAGAGGGGACACAAAGGAAAAAAUUGCAUUAUUUCUUAAUUAAUUCUUAAUUUUUCUUAAUUGGGAAGACCAGUUAACUCUGUUGCUACAGUAUGAACCACAUCUUUUUAUAUUAAUAAUUGUACUUAGGCAAGUUGCUGAAGUUCUUAAUGCUUUGCCAUUGUAAAUGAUAACCCUGCCAGAGUUUACACUGUUCAAGUAACAUUCAAAAAUGUCCCCACACCAAAUGAUCUGCUCAGAUACUGCUAGGUUUACAUAUUGUGUUUCAGCUGUCAAAAUACUGUUACUGCAGUUCUUUAGAUAGAGACUUUUUGUAGAUAUUUUAUUUUAUGCUCGCUACUCACCUACACUGAAUUAUCUGAGAGAGGAUUCAGCAAAGAUAAGUAAAUAAAAAUGUCAGUCCUGUGCUGUAGCUAUAUCCACAUAGGUGAUCUUUGACUUUUUCCUCUUGCUGCCAAGAAAAAGAAGGCUCCAUGCUGUAUCUUUUCUUCACAGAUAAAGCUCACUCUUCCUCUUUCAAGUUUCCUCACAAAAACUGGAAUUUUUUUAUUUUAAUUUGGGAAAAUGCUCCUUAAAGAGGCAAAAAUCAGAAUGUGGGAGCUGAAAUGCUCGAACCCUUGAUGUAUCCUAAAGCAACAGUAAAUGGUUUAUACACUUAACUUUCAUAGGUUUUCCUCCACAAUUUUUUGACAAACUGUAAGGUGAAUGUUUUGGGUUUGGGGUUUUUUUUGUGCCUAUUUAAAGGAAGGUGUUAAUUCAGCUGCUGGAAUUGGACUUAGCUGCCACUGAGUGGUGAUGUUUCUUCUGUCAUUCCCCCCCACCCCUCAGCAGUGAGAGAGGUAAAACUGCUGGAGUCCUUUGCUCAGGCAUGUAACCCCAUUUAAGUCAAUGAAUCCACUUACUUACGUAACAAAUAUUUUCAUAAGGGCUUAAGGGAUUAGGCUCCAGAAUUGUGUCUUUUCACAUGCAUUAUCCAGGUUUUAAAAUGUAUUAGCUGCAAUUCUAAGUCAAAAAACAUUGAUAUUUAUAAUGUAGUAUUUCAUAGGCUUAAAUGUAUUCAUAAUUUAACAGUGCAAAUACUAAUGUACAUAUUGUACAGUUAAAAUUUUAAAAUCUGAAUAUUUUUAUAUCCCUGAAUUUGAAGAAGUUUGUUACAAGAUCAAACUAGAUUUGUUAAGGGUUUAACAGCAGCAUUAUGGAUGAAAUAUUGCUUGUAUUUUAGUCAGGGGGUUUAAGCUGAAAAAUAUUGAAAAAUGUUCAGUGCAAAACAGCUUAAUUUUGUCUACUAGGUAUUAAAAGCUCUGUAUGCAUGGUGGGGCUAUGUAAAUACUCUCUAUGGCCCUCUUAAUCUUGCAAGUGUUAUUUAUGGGUCAAGCAAAAUGUAAACUAUAUAAAUGUAAAAACCACACAAGACUGGAAUAUAUCAGUACAACCAGUAUGCAA